AUGGACUCAACCGAUAAGCAAAACAUUAUCGAUAUUAUUAAUAAGGCGUUAGCCGUUAACCCUGUUCGUACUAUCGACGACAUCCAUAAUAUCAUGGACGAAACAGGUCUACAAAUGGCACAAAUUUGCCAUUACAUUGUUUACUUGGGUGCGAAUACUAGUGUUGGCUUCGAGCGCAGCCCAGAGCCGAUGCCGGUAAAAGACAUGAUUGACUCCAAUCAUUUUUUGGUGGACCCGGAAUUUCGUUCCGCGUACCUGAAGAGAUGGGAAUUAGAUAGCCAAACGGCUAAUACCAGUAUUACUUCUGGAGAGGUUCCAGCAUUGACUGGUAAAGAAUUUUGUGUUGCUGAUCUUGAAGAAGAUCAUCAUGAUCAAGGACAGGAUGUUAUUGAUCUUGUUGAUUCUGAUAGAGAAGGUGAAGCAUUUGACCAAUUGUUAGAGUUACCAACCUUGAAUGACUUUACUUUGGACUUGCGUGAAAUGAAAAGAACAAUUAGUACCAGGUCUCAAUUGGGGUAUUCUUUUAAAAUCAUUACCUGUCUGUAUCACUACUUGCUGUUUACAGAAUACCAUGUAUUCAAGGGAUUCAAUGAAUGGGAGUCCAUGGAGAUCACAGUGCUUAAUGAUGCUGAUCCAGUAGGUUUUAUGGAUUGUAGAACGCGUGGUGAGCGUGUGUUUCGUGUCUUUCAGUUGUUGGGAAUGGCAGGUAUUUUGGCUGUAGAAGUAAUGACGGCCAAAGCAUACUCCAGAUACCACCGAAGUUUUGAAGAACAAUUGGAGAUGUUGAUGAAACAUCUGUUGGCGGUUCUCAUGCGUGGAUUAAGUCUUCCUGCGGUUAGCUGGAUCUAUCGAAAUAUCCAACAAAAACUUGUUGUUUUAAACGAAAUACUUUCGGAGAUAGAUGUUGCGGGUAACAUCAAUGGGAAGAUAAUUUUACAGACCUAUAGUUUGAUUUAA